AUGGCCGAACACACCCCAAGCCAACUGUUAGCCCAACCAGAGGACCCACACCGAUCCACACCAGGAAGACGCGAGCGCGAGGAGGAGGAGGAGGGGGGGAGGGCUAGGCGGAGUCAAGCGGCGACAGAAGAGCUAGUGGAGAAGAUCGACUAUGUGGACCCGCAACGAUGUCUGCGUCUGCGCCAGAAGAGCUCAAAGACAGUUAUAGAGAGCGGUCAGGAGGGACAAGCGACGGUCGACGAUGGCAUCCCGCUCAAAAGGAUCCAGGGCCCCGCCGAUGUCGAGGCUUUCUUCAACUCCAUCGCCCUCGAUCGGCUCCUCCAGGUCCUCCUCAAUAUCUCCAAUCGGAUCGCUCGCUUCGGGAUCCUCGAAAACGACCGCCAAGUGUCCUACUUGAAGACCUCACUCGAACAGAGUCCAACGGUCAGAGCAGUCGUCGGGAUCUUCGAGCGUCUCGAUCAAUGGAUCACUGAGAUUCCAUUAGACCCCACUCCACAACGGUUCGGAAACAAAGCAUUCAAGAUUUGGGGACACCGUCUAGAAUCCGAAGCACAAAAUUUACACACUCAAGCUGGCGUGAUUACCGAGUAUCAUAAACCUAUUGAAACGGAACUGUUGCAUCAUUUCAAGACGUCUUUCGGCUCGUUCGGGCGACUAGAUUAUGGGACCGGCCAUGAAUUAUCCUUCCUAGCAUACCUAUCGAUCCUACAUCUAACCCGAAUAUUGCAGCCCAAAGAAUUCAUAUUGAGUGGCUUGAUAAUCUACCAAAAGUAUUUCAACCUAUGUCGGAGAUUGCAACGAGUGUAUAAUCUGGAGCCGGCGGGAUCGAAGGGCGUCUAUGGCUUAGAUGACUUCUUUCAUGUGGUGUACAUCUUUGGAAGUGCCCAACUUUUAUAUCAUCCGACGAUCAGACCUUCCUCGAUACUAGACGAGAAGCUGAUGUCGAGGGUCAACGAGACUGAGCCAGGAGGAGGAGGAGGAGGAGGAGGACUGGCAGAGUCGUCUUCAGAUUUCCUGCGACGGGAGGGGCUCACCCGGAGUCUAUUUUUCGAGGCGGUCCAGAACACGCUUUCAUUGAAGACCCGGCCGAUCCCGAAGGAUUCUCUACCAAAGACGACGACAACGACGACAACGACGAUGAGGAUGGGGGAGCAGAGACACGAGGAGGGGAGCGAGCAGCAGGGCUUGUUGGACCAUUCGCCGAUCCUCUUGAACCUGGCCACCAACGUCAAGGGCUGGCCCAAGAUCUACGGCGGGCUGAUCAAGAUGAUGAAGGGCGAGAUCUUCGCCAAGGUCCCGGUCAUGCAACACUUCUGGGUCGCUGGCCCUACCGCCGUCCUCCCCUGGCUUGCUUGUCCCCCAACCAUUCCUGGCUCCCUACCCCUCGAUCACCAAGACCAACAGCACGCAGACGAACCCGAUCUCGAUUACAUCAAUCAUUAUCGUCCGCUCUCUUGA